GAACAGAAAAGGGAAGGUGAGGUAGUGAGCAGUGACAACGCGUAGCUUUGCCUCUUUUGCUUUUAUAUUCUCUCUUACAGGCUUACAGCUUCCCAUCACAGCCUCGUCUGUAGCUUCUCAGUACAUAAUAAUAUAAGAAGAGCCAGAACCCUAAAACACUACUUUGUUUUAAUCUGCAUUUGUGAUUCCUCGGUUCAGCAUCUUGAAAUAGAUGCGUUUCAUACACUCAUAAUCAUAUAUGAAAGCAAGGGAGUACAUAGACCGGUGUAGCAUUGUAUAAGUGCAUACAUGUGCGUGUUGAAAAAAGUAUUGAAAGGAAGAAAAUUUUGUUUUGGGGAUGAAGAGAUUUGUCUGCCUGUCUGGGUAAGUCCGAACAAAUCACAUCGAGCUGCAUAGUGCUAAUCUUUCGCUGACAACACGUUACACAUGCUUGUGACCUAUGGACAACAAACUGCUAGACUUCUAGCUCUUGCCUUGUAUGUUUUUUUUUUUUUUGCCAUCUGAAAUUUCCAUUUAUCUUAAAAGUAUCACAACAAAAAGAUACAACACCAUAAAGGUCUAAACCCAACAUAAAGCCCAAACGUAUUAAACAGAAAGCCCAAAACACAAGGGCAAUUAAGCUCAAAAAAGAAAAUCCGAUCGGCGCCAUACGUUACCACGCAUCGGGAAAUUCACUUGGACGUACACGUGUUGAGCCCCUCGCCAUCAAGGGACACGCGUCACUAGGUCACCACAUCUUGACUCAAACUACGAGUCAUCACCGGAGAAAAACGAAACGAACACGUGUUUCACCGGAAUACACCGUAACCACCGCACACCGAACCCAUCGAACCACCGAGCGGAUGAAGAAAAACCAGAGACUACAACAUCUCCUCCUUCAUCGCUUUAGCACAUCAUCGGAGAGUUUCAUCGCCUAUCGAGAUCUCAUCCGAUUAUCAAGCCAUCAAACGUGAAGACAAGAGAACAUUCACCAAGCACCCAUUCAAAGGAAACACCGCGACCAAUCUCUCCAAACUGAAAGACGUCGACGGAUCCUAAUCAUCAACCACCGGAGCUUUCGAGAAACAGAACCACAAGCAAAGAAACCCACUAGCUUCAAGCAUACACAACGAUGCCUAAGCUCCACCAACAGAGAUCGUCAUCGACCCAGUCGAGAUCUCCUCCGACUCCCAGAGAAUCAAAGCUAUAGACCCAUCGAUCGCAUCACAAAGGAAAAUAAAUUUUUAUUGUCGGCGGCGUAGAGCUUCGGAAGCCUCUACCUCCCCGAGAUCAAAAGCCGACGACGACGAAGCUGAAAUAGCCUCUGCCUCCCGGAAUCAAACAACCUGGUAGAGCACCAGAGAAAGCUUCGUCUCAUCUCAUCUCCGUUAAGAAACGAAGAGAGAAAAAGGAGAAGUCUCGGUCUCCAACCAAGUUUUUGCCUUGUAUGUAUUUCGUAGCAUUUCAAUUUGAAAUUGUAAUUACUUUAUCUUUUGUAUGAUGUGUGACUCAUUGAUAAACGAGUCGAUUUCCCAAGCGGUGUCUUUCGGGGAGUACUAUAUCACGGGAAUAUAUACAGUGAUUGCAAUUUGCAUAUGUAAUUUAAAACAAAAAGUGAUGGUAGAAGUCACUAUUAACGAAGGAAGGUACACAGUAAUUUAAAUACUUGCUUUCAAGCAGUACGUGCGAAGGUUAAUAUAUAGGGGCUCAAGGCAAGAUUUUAAAACUAACGUUUUACUGAUAAAAAUUGUUAGACUUUUUGUUUUUAAACCUAAAGCAAACCAAAUAUAUAUACAACCCUAUGAAUUAGAACUCAUUUUUCGUAUUAGAAAUGCCUAAUUCAGAAAAAAAGAACAGUUAAGCAAAAAAAAUAAUAAUCAAAUUUGAGACAAACUCUUAAAACCACUAUAUUAAACCAAACUUAUGCAAAAAUGGGACUCUCAAAAUGUUAAUAUACCAGUGGGGCCUGUGGCGAAAGCCUUUUGGACAACAUGGUAGUCACGGCUCUGCUUUCAAGCAUCUAUCACUCAAAAUUAUUUGUCAGAUCUUUAGACCAUUAAAAAAAAAUGUUGAAUCAUCUUUAGACCAUAAAAGUAUAAAACAAAAACAAAAUUAUGGAGUUUUCCUUUCCAACUUAAUUAUAUUUCUUGUAAAUGAGUUUCGUUUUUUUUCCUUUGCAAUCUCGCUGAAUAAAGGGAAACCGACUAAAACAAGUUAAUUUGUAUGCUUCGUAUUAGUAAUAAGAUUUUUUAUUAGGUGCACCUAAUCUUGUUAAUAAAUUAUAAUUAUCGCUGAUUAGUUCCUAUCCAGAUUUCCUGCGACAACUACAUGAUUAAUCAAAUCAGGUUGCAUUAUUUACUUAAGUAUCAUAUAAUAUUCAUCAUUAGAUAAAAACAUUGUCAUUUAUUAGUCCGUUAAAAACUUACGAUAAUACCACAAUCUCUCUUCCAAACAAAUGUUUUUUUUUGGGAAACAAACAAUAGGUCCGCUGCAAAAUUUUGACCAUCACAUGCAAAAGACACGUAAGACCGAGUUCAUGCACGAAGAAGCGUUGAAUAAAGUCAACAAACAACCAUCGUCCACUCGCAGUUUAGUCUACUAUAUACGACUAAACUAAACAUUCAUGUAGGCUCCACCUUCUAUACCUGUCCGAGACGUGGCAAAUUUACAACGGCCUUUGGAGUUUUGGUCUGAUGCCUCUUCCGUCUCUUGCGAUGUCUUCUUCUUCGCAUGAGAGACAUACGGUAGAUUCCAGUGGAUUAAUUUGUCGGUCCAGUUUUUUUUGCCCUUAACGACUACGAGUUAGAUAGAUUCUCCAAAGUGGUACACGUGAACCGUUGGUCUCAUUCUGAUUACUACUUAAAGCCAUAUCUUCGUUAACAGUGUUUGUAUGUUGAUUAUGGUUAUAGAUUUGGAAUAUAUAUUGAAGAUUAACAGCUCACCUUGUAUCCCAAGUACGUAAAUAAGUUCAUUUUGGCUAGUUAGCUUUGAAUUUAGUUUUGGCUGUCAUGAUAUUUAUUCUUGGAAAUCAAUGUUUAAAUGAUUAAUAUCAACAUACUAUAGUUCCAUCUAUAGUCUCUUGUUAAAAUUUUCUAAUAUCUGUUGUAGUUUUAUGUAUUUAUGACAGAUAUCCUAGUUAUACAAAUUUAUUUUUAAUCGAUCACGUCAAUAUAUUAUAUUGAGAGAACUACGUAGUUUUCAUUCGUACAACACUACUACUAUUACACAUGUAGCGGUUCCUACCAGUCACAAAACAUGAUAUUUGUCAUAUACCCUCAUAGGCUAGUCUAUAUACAGUCCGAAAAUAUAACAUCAUUUAAAUGCGUUGUGACAAAAGAGAAAGAAAACAAACAAACAAAAAUAUAAGAAUUGUAUUCCGACUUCGAAGCCAUAGAGGCAAAACGACGAUGCAGCGAACGGCGCGAUCCCGUUAGGAGACGAAACAAACGGAGUAGGGACCACAAAAACGUGAUCAUAAAAUGAAAAAAGAGAAAAAUCAACAACCAGACGGGUCCCAUUAAAAGUGGCUUCAUCCGAUUAUGGGUUCGUAGCGGAUCAUAGUAUGGUCCAUACUUCUGGAAAGGCUUUUUGUCAUCUCUAUGUUCUUUGAAGUCAGUCAUCAUAUAUUAUUUCCCAGAUUCACAAAAUGUAAUCUAACAUAAUUGAAUAAAAUCUUACAUUAUAGAUUUGGUUAGAGAGGGAUGUGACUAUUAAUGAACAAAGAGAGAAACAAGAAUAAAAAAAUUAGUGGAAAUAUUAGUAGAAGCGAAGAAAGAUGAGUUUUUUUAGAUGAAACAUUCACUCACAACUUUUUUUGACCUGUUCAUUGGUUAUUCUUUUGAUCGGUGAUAAGCUAGUGGAUUCCAGAGUAAUUGUAUCAUCUUCUUUUUCCAGAAAAUUUAUUCUAAAAUGUGUGUCCUUUAAUAGAUUUAUUAUGGAUUGGAUGAAAUAAGCAAAAAUUGUAGUUUUUUCAAAAAAAAAAAAUUUGCCAACGCAUUCUUGUAAAUAUAGACAAAAAUAAAAUAAUAUGGAGAUAAACAAUAAUUUACCGAGAAGAGACGCGCGAGUGGGGAGCGUGGUACUAAUUAUAACACUGUGUUCUACUGCUUCGACUACUUAACUCUUUCAAGUUCUCUCUCUCAAACGAGCUAAGACGAAGGCAAAAGAAAAAUCGUUACAUUCGUUAAGAGAGAUUCCGUAAUGGGAAAAGCUUCACGGUGGUUCCGGAAUCUACUCGGGCUUAAGAACCCCGACCCGGGUUAUCCGGAUCCCUCCUUCGAGACGCCUUCUCGCUCUAACCCAAAACGCCGAUGGAGCUUCGUCAAAUCCAAACGCGAAAACGGGACCGCACCGCAGAGUUACUACCCUCAUACUCCUACGUCGCUACCGAACUCAACCCCUCCACCGUACCAAAAAUCAUCUCCGUCGUCUAACGGUCGGCGGUGGAAACAGAAGCUUGUAUGGGAGGAGGAGGGGGACGUGAAUCCCGACAAGCAUGCGAUUUCGAUGGCCGCCGCGACUGCUUUGGUUGCUGAAGCAGCCGUCACCGCGGCCGUUAGACUGACGAGUACAAGCGGGAGGUUGACGCGUAGUCCCGUCGCAGCGCAUUUUAGCGAUGGCUACAGUCACGUUGUAGCUCAUGAUAGCAGCUUCGAUGGACACCGACGCGACAAUCGCGAAGAUCUUGCGGUGAUUAAAAUACAAUCUAUAUUUCGCGGUUAUUUGGCAAGGAGAGCGUUAAGGGCACUCAGGGGAUUAGUCAAGCUUCAAGCUAUAGUAAGAGGCCAUAUCGAACGAAAACGAAUGUCAGUCCAUCUGCGCAGGAUGCACGCUUUGGUUCGAGCUCAGGCUCGUGUUCGUGCCACCCGUGCUAUCGUCACACCUGAAUCAUCCUCUUCUCAAUCCAACAACACCAAAUCUUCUCACUUCCAAAACACCGAUCCACCAACGCCGGAAAAACAAGAGCAUUCGAUCUCUUCAUGCAGCUCCAAGCUCGAUCACUCUCAUAUUUUCAAGAGGAACGGUUCUUUGGCAAACAACAACAACAAACCGUUCUCAGCCAUGAACAAAGAAGAAAAGGUCCUUGAAAUCGACAGGAGACACAACAAUUCUUACACCAGAGACAACAGACCAGACAUGUUCUACUCAUCUCACCUCGUCCUAGAUAACUCAGGCCGGUCUGGACCAGUUUACGCCUUCCCUUUUAGCCCGUCCUCCUCACAUGAAGAGACUGUAAAUCAGUUUUGCACUGUGGAGAACAGUCCUCAGCCACACUCAGCUACUUCUAUAAGGAAGGGAAGUGCUUUCACGGCUAGUUCUAUUGCACUGAGUGAUUGCACCAAAAGUUGCUGCUAUGUGGACCAUCCAAGAUUCAUGGCUUGUACAGAGUCAUCUAGGGCUAAGGCCCGUUCCGCCAGUGCCCCAAAGUCGCGACCUCAGUUGUAUCACGAGCAGUCUUCGUCGAAACGGUUUGGAUUUGUAGAUGUGUCAUAUUGUGGUGAUACGAGGUCUGGUCCGCAGAAAGUUUAUGCACUACACACUAGUUUUAUGAACAAGGCUUAUCCUGGUUCAGGUCGGUUGGACCGGCUUGGGAUGCCAACUGGGUAUAGGUACUGAGAAAUGCUGUUGGACCGGGUUGUUCUAUUUGGUUGGGGUUGUGAUAAAUUGAUAAUAAUCAAAUGUUGAAAAUGAGAACUGGUUAGAUCAGUUGACUAAGCUUUGCUGUUAAUUUUCCUGGUUGUAGUUUGGAGUAAGUGGAUUAAAUCUAAAAUGCAAAUAAAACUUUUUUUUGGAAACUAAAUGCAAACAGAACUUGCUUAAUCAUAGUGUUGAGUUGACAUUUUAAAGCAUUAUUACAAAAGAAAGAAUCCACUCUCUUAAAUAUGAUGCUUACAGCUAUUGCAAUCUUCCACAUAACGGUGAUGAUUAGUUACUUAGCCAUUAAUCAAAAUUUACUUCUACAACUAAAACUUAUGACAUUGACAUAGCUAACUGAAAAUAUUAAAUAACUAUAAUUCAUAAGAUUUGUUUUUAUUAAUGCAACAUAAAAUCAUUAAUAAAAGUUCUCAAAAAUCAAUAUUUUUUUUUAUCAGUUUCAAAUUUCUAUCAAUAGAUAGACAGUCCAUCAAGAAAUAUAUUUCUUGGUUGAGAUAAUAGAAGUCUAAAAACCAAUAAUAAAACACUCUUAAAAAAUUUAUAUUCAUUUGCCUCAGU